AUGUCCUUGGAAGAAAAAAGAGCAAUAUUGGAGGAUUUAGACCGGAUGGAAGAUGCCAUCUCAACUCGAUUCUGUAAGUAUCCUGAACUGUAUCAGCAUUCGCAACUUAGGUCAUCAGAUAUUCCAUCUUCUCGCGUGGAAUUAUUGGCUAAAACAGUAUUACUGAGACUUGAAAUAAGACAUUUCUUGGACAGGAGAAGAUUUCAAUUGCGAAGAUUAAAAUCGCUAUUACCUUAUCAAGAUCACUGGGAAUGCUUGAGUGGAUUUGAUGACAGUUAUAAGCUUCUCUCAAAGAAACAUGAUCGAUUGCUACAUUUAGGAUUGAAUGUUAAUGAUAUCGAGAAAGAAGAACUAGAUAAAUAUGCUUUCAUGUCGGGUGACAAAGGUGAAAAGCCCAACAAAAGAAGAAUAUUGAGCGUCUAUGCCAGGGAUCUUAAACUAUCGUCAAUAUUCAGCCCUAAAGAGGCCCUAGGUAAAACUUUGGAUUUGAGCGAGAAUUUCAAGGAAUGGUUAAAUUUGCCGAAAAAGCAAUCUUCAUAUGAGGGAACUUUGCCAUCAUAUGUGGACUACCUUUCAGAGCUUGCCAAGUUUGAUUGCAAAACCUAUGAUAAGGACUCUAUUCAAUAUAAGACCUACAUAAAGAACCUGGUCGAGUAUCUGUCAAGUUUUUAUAUUAAAACUCGUCCUUUGAGUAGGCCUGAAGAUGACAUCGAUCAAGUCAAGAAGUCUUUUUCGUCCGCUUUGAUUGACAGAGAUAGUGUUCAUUGCCUGAUUUGCAAGAAAGAUUUUGCUAAAUUGUCUGUAUUCAAUUCUCAUUUGAACGGUAAAAAGCAUAAAAAGUCAUUAUCAAGACCCGAGACUUAUCAGACUGCUUUGAACGAGUACAUGGUGCUUGAAAUUAUCAAACGUCUCAACAAGGAGCUUGAAAACACAAAAAAAGAAGUUGAGAGGUAUUCUUCUUUAAGUUUGAGAGAAAAGGAGCUUGAAACUAAUGAUGCAAGGAAUCUUUCUGAUUACGAAUAUGAAACUCUUGCUGAUCUUCAUACUGAGUACAAUAGUGAUGACCAAGGAGAUUUUCAUCAUUACGGCAAUGAUGAAACUUUGCCAAUCGGUCCGGAUGGAAAACCGAUGCCAUUGUGGCUGUGGAAACUCAAAGGUUUCGACAUGGUGUUCACAUGCGAAAUCUGUGGGAACGCUAAAUUCAAGGGUAAAGAAGUGUUUAGCAAUCAUUUCAUAGAGCCAAGGCAUUUGCAUGGACUGAAAAUGCUUGGCAUUAUGGGGGAAUAUAAUGCAUUUCGAGACUUGAAUAAAAUUGACGACGUCCUCAAGCUCUCCAACUAUUUGGAGAGAAAAAAGAGGAAUGCUGCACAAUACAGAGAUGAUGGUGUUGAAGUUGAAGAUGAAGAGGGUAAUGUUAUGAGUAAAAAAGUCUAUGACCAGUUGAAAAAACAGGGUUUAAUUUAG